GUUUAUCGUUUGAUGUCGAAAAUGUGCCUGAAUCAUUUUAAAGUUGUAUGUCUUCUAAAGCAUUGUGUUGCGAUGGUCGUAUAGUGUGUUGAUACUUCGAUUCAGAUUUAAUUUUUGAUAUGGGAUUGAACUUGUUUUGAAUCCUAUGGGAAUCGGUCACAUCAGCUGACGAUCUGUGAUUGCUAAGUAUAGAGCGAUAACGAAUCGUUCGAGCCCAAUUGAUGUUAAUAUUUUCAGUCAAUUAAAGACUCAAAUCCCAAAUAUUAAACAUCUUCUGCUCCAAAAGUCCGUUCUGGGUGCAGCACUGCGCAGAAAAUCUAAUUGUGGUGCCGUGCGUUGUAUGAAUAACAAGUAACCGAUGGCUGUUUCAAAGUUCAGCGAUGUCGACGAGUAUGGCUUCAAACGGGAACCGGAUUUUGACUACCAGUCAUACGAAAACAUUAUGUCCAGCUACCUCACGGUGCUCACGACGCGAAGCAUGCGUUGGCAAAAGUACCUUAAAGGCACAGACAUGUUGAAGGACCAGAGUAAGCUGAAACGCUUUGUCCGCAAAGGCGUACCAGGUCCGCUGCGGGAGGAAGUCUGGAUGAAAUCAUCCGGUGCGUUCCAGCUGCAGCAGAAAGAGCCAACGCUCUACCAGAAGUUGCUCACGUAUGAGUACGAUCAGGAUAUAGCUGACCAAAUUAAGCUCGACUUACCGAGAACAUUUCCCGACAACAUACAUUUUGAACAGUACCAGGUAAGCCUGUACAAUGUUUUGAUUGCCUUUGCCCAUCAUAAUCGGACGGUCGGAUAUUGCCAGGGCUUAAACUAUAUAGCAGGUUUGCUGUUGAUCGUUACCAAAAACGAAGAGUCUACAUUUUGGCUCUUGAAGGUGCUCAUAGAAAACAUUGUACCCCUGUACCAUACGAAGACGAUGGACAACCUAAUCACCGACAUUGACGUACUUAGCGAGCUGAUUAGACUGCGAGUUCCAGACGUACACCGACACAUCUUCGACUUGGGGCUACCGUGGCCGGUAAUAGCGACCAAAUGGUUCAUCUGCCUGUACGCCGAAGUGGUACCGACGGAAACUGUGCUUCGCAUAUGGGAUUGCCUGUUUCUGGAGGGUAACAAAAUUUUGCUUCGAGUAGGGCUAACGAUUGUGGUACGGUUGCGUCAAGAGCUACUCGCAACCGAUGACAUUUCGACGUUGAUCGGCCAGUUUCGGUCGUUGGAAAAGUCCGGCGUGCUCAUGGAUUGCCACGAGUUCAUGAAGAGCGUGUUCAAGGUACCGGGCAAUCUGCGCCGGUCGCAGAUAAAUGCACUACGGCAAAAGUUUUACAGCGAACGGAUGGCAAACAAAAGCAAAGGCUCCUAGGGGUUGGAGAGCUAUAUUCAGAAGAGAUAUAGACUGAAUAUAGUAUAAUUGAAAGCAUGUUCGAACAUGCCGGCUGUUGCCAGCACCCGCACAUCUGAGCUCGAGUCGAUGAACAGUGUAUUAUCCAGAGCAGCAUCUGCUUUAGUUAAUGCACUGUUUAUCGGGAAGGGUCUCAGAUAUGCUAUGUUUUUACUCUGCGCGAGAAAAUGUUUUGAUUUUACUACACCGACCCAUCGGCAUCUAGUACCAGCUGUUAUAGCCUGUUUGAGUCUAUUAGGCAAAUUUAUUAUUUCUUCUAAAUAAUUAUUACGCUUUCGUACGUUAUGUUUAUUUGUUACAAUGGUAUAUGAAAAGUUAUAGUUCAAUUCAAGCUCCUCUUUUAAGUUGCGCUCAUAAGGGAGACAAUAAAAUUGGGCUGUAUUUUGAGUAGUUUAGUAAGAUCAAAAGCUUUAUGCAACCGUUUGAGUGUAGUUACUAGGUAAGGCAUGAAUUAUAAGCUGGUUUCUCUAUUAUCAUCCACCUUAAAUGUGAAGAACAGAAGUGUUUCAAACCUUUUAAAAUCUAAAGAUCCGAUCAGAUACCAUCAAUUUUGCAUAAUCUCCGACCAUGGCAACCUGAGAAUGUGUUAGUAUCGGUAAAAAAAACUCUUGAACCUGCUCGUUUCUCCUAGAGCUAUGAUCAUGUCCUAACUUAAUCUUCAACUUUACGAACAAAAUACCAUUUCGUGGUGCUUUGAAUUUGAAUUAUGCCUAAAACAAGUAAUCCUAAUCGUAUUUCCUUGCAUUAGUUCCAUUUCCAAAAUAACACUGCCUAGUAGAAUAGCAUAUCUUGGCUCAAGCGUAUCAACGUUGUUAACAAAACUCCGGUAACGUAAACUAUAAGGACGUUUUUAAUGUAAUCAAUGAGACUAAAAUAAAGUAUCAAAACUACAUUUAUAGA